AUGGACGCCGUGCAGUAUGCCAGCACUGAUGUCAAGAGGAAGGCCCUGGUAGUCUGCAGGAACAUGACGGGUCACCUGGGCAGGGAGGAGGCGAGCCCCAUCACUCUGCAGCUGGCGGAGAGCCUCCUGCGCCUCUUUGAUGAUAGAUGUGCUGGAGACUGUGGUGGGGAGAAACAAGAAGAUGAUGAGGAGGACAGUGAAGCUGGUCCUGCUCCCGCUGUUCCUCCGUAUGCAGGACCAGAGCAAGAGCGUGGCCAAGGUGCAGUGACCAGAGUUGUUGGGAAGGGUCAAGAGGAGGGAGGGUGCCAGGUGUCCUCCCCUGGGCUGUGGUGCCAUCUCCCAGCCUCUGCUUCUCUGCAGGCCUCUAGGGACACCCUGCUGGCCUGUGCAGAGUUCCUGGGCUGGAGGAAGCUCAGCACCCUGGUCCAGACGCAUCAGACACAUCGCAUUGGAGAGUGUUUGGUCCCCAAGUCCAAGAGGCAGAAAAUGUCCAACAGCAGCUCCAUCGCCCAGUUCCUCCUCCUGCCGUUCACAGACACACGGGAGCUGCAGCUCUUGCACUUCUGGCUCUUCCUGGGCAUCUACCUGGCUGCCCUCCUGGGCAACGGCCUCAUCAUCACCACCAUAGCCUGGGACCAGCACCUCCACACCCCCAUGUACUUCUUCCUGCUCAACCUCUCCCUCCUCGACCUGGGCUCCAUCUCCACCACUGUCCCCAAAUCCAUGGCCAGUUCCCUCUGGGACACCAUGGCCAUCUCCUACACAGGAUGUGCUGCCCAGGUCUUUGUCUUACAUACUGCAGCAGAGUUUUAUCUCCUUGCCAUCAUGUCCUAUGACUGCUACGUUGCCAUCUGCAAACCCCUGCACUACGGGACCCUCCUGGGCAGCAGAGCUUGUGUCCACAUGGUAGCAGAUGCCUGGGCCAAUGGGGUUCUCAUGGCUCUGCUGCACACGGCCAAUACAUUUUCACUGCCGCUCUGCAAGGGCAAUGCCCUGCACCAGUUCUUCUGUGAGAUCCCCCAGAUCCUCAAGCUCUCCUGCUCAGAAACCUACCUUAGGGAUGCUGGUUUGCUUGUGGUCGGUGUCUUAACAAUAUUUGGGUGUUUUGUAUUCAUUGUGCUAUCCUGUGUGCAGAUCUUCAGGGCCGUGCUGAGGAUCCCCUCUGAACAGAGACGGCACAAAGCCUUUUCCACGUGCCUCCCUCACCUGUCUGUGGUCUCCCUGUUUGUCAGCACUGGCAUGUUUGCCUACCUGAAGCCCUGUUCAAUCUCUUACGCGUUGCUGUAUCUGGUGGUGUCAUUUCUGUACUCAGUGGUGCCUUCAACACUGUACCCCCUCAUCUACAGCAUGAGGAACCAGGAGCUCAAGGAUGCCCUGAGAAAACUAAUGGCUGGAUUUCAAAAGCAAUAAACUGCCCAGCUUCUUCACAUCACCCAUGAUAUAACUCAUGACAUGUCCAGCCUUUCUUUUGUACAGUUUGUAGUUGCAGAUUUUUGUUUGGAGUUUGGAGAAGGCUUGUUUCAUUUUGCUGUUUUUAUCCAGUGAUAAUAUCGUUCAGAAACAAAUGUCAUUAUUCAUCCCAGUUCUAAUUUACCAUCUACCUUUACAGUCUGAGUCACAGACCUUGUAAACGAGAAGCCAUGCUCUCUGUGUAUUUAAACAAAAUAAAGGACCAUGCAGUGAA